AUGAUGGGUUCGGAGUUCAAGGCUGUCAUCUCGCAGACAACAAUGUCUGAUAGCAUGCAGCAAAUGGCUGCGGAGGUGUCUGCUGAUGCUUCCGUGAGAUUUAACACUCUCGUGUCAAUAAGCAAAUUUAUCAAGGAGACAUUUGAAAAGCACUACGGCAACAUUUGGCAAUGUGUAGUGGGAAAACAAUUUGCAAGGUGA